CAAGGGUUUCAGAGAAGGGAACAUGCAAGACCAAAAUUUCCUGUCAACCACUAAUGCCCAUACAGAAAUGAGGCCAAGAGUCUGACAGCUAAGUAGGAGCUUCCUUGUGGGGAAGUGAGGCAGCUGAGCCGUCCCAAAGCCCCAGCUUGAGGAACUGGUCAGUGAGCCUCAGGGCUUGCAGCUGCUGUAGAAAGCCGAGGGUCUCUUGCAGAUCCCAGAGAAGCCAGAGUUUCCCAGCGAAACAGUGACCUGCAAAGGAAAGCAGGACCAUGUGGACAUCCCCCGUUUCAGUCUGGUUUCUUUUCGUAGGCUGCUGGGCAGUAAGAGGCCCUGGCACAGUGCAUGGUCCAGAAGGCGGGUCGGUGUCUGUGCCAUGCCACUAUAAGGAAGGCUACGAAGAGUAUCCGAAAUUCUGGUGCAGACGCAAAAUCAUGCUGUGCAUCCUCAGUCAGAUCCUGGAGACCAAUGGGACAGAGGCCAAGAUGCACUGGGGCCGAGUCUCCAUCCUGGACAACCACAUUCAGCACAUGUUCACGGUGACCCUGGAGAGCCUGACCCAGGCAGACACUGGGAUCUACCUAUGUGGGGUGGCAAGGACUGGGCUGCCCCAUCCCAGAGACUCUGUGGAAGUGAUCGUGUCUCCAGCUCCUCCUUCAAACGCGGCUGUAAAGAUGACAAAAUCAACAGAGCAGCCAGAGGCUUCUGCCUUCACGUGGACGGUGACUGAUGAAGAUGCAUCCAGACCGUCUGCAUCGAGCCCCAUGGACGACAACGGCAAGAGCAUUCAGGACCAAGAACAGCAGACCCACAUCUACAUCCUGGCCGUGAUCUUCCUCCCCGCUCUGUUCCUCCUGGGUCUGAUCUCUGCGGCGAUCUGCGUGGCUGUGCGCGCCAGGAGGAGGUCCACAAGCACAGUGCACAGCAGACCUGCUCAGAACCUGCCUCUUUCCCAGCCUCUGAACUGAGAGGCACCAGCAGAAGAAAGGGGCAUCCCCAGCCUCGUGUCCUGGGGGAUUUGUCCUUGCCUCAGAGGUGAGAUCAGUUUGCAGGAUAAAAGCGAGGGGGAAAGAGCCAAUCACACACCACCCUUGUGGGAAUGGCACCUGAAUUGCAUUUGGAGUUUGGCUGAUCCUACAUCGAAUGUGUUUGCUGGGCCCUUUUAACCCUCUGUCCUCUCAGUCCUUUUUGCCCUCUACAUCAUCAGGAUCUGGGGCAGGCUAUCAGCCUGCAUCUGUCCCUGCUCACCGUCCUCUGAGGCCUGACUCCUUAAUACUCAGUUGUGCUAUAAACCCCAUUUCCUGCGGAUAACAGCUGUUUGGACCAGGGAAGUCCUGUGCCCGCAGAAGAGGAAGCAACACUUUGUCCAGGGACAAGGCGGCGAGAGCGCCAAACCAAAUACACAGCAGGCUCAGGCCCCACAGAAGCCACAGGGGCUAGCACAGCGAUGAAGGGACACGGGGCUGUCCAUACCAUCCCCACAAUCAGUGCAGGCACCUCAGGAACAAGUAGGAGCUCCUGGGUAAGCCUUCUCCAAGAGGGACCGGGAACCCUAGAAGUCAUUCUCACCUCGGUCAAAAUACCCUUCAUCUGCUGAAAGCAUCAAGUCCAGGCUUCGGUGGACAGCUGGGAACAUUGCUGGCAUUUGUGCAUCCAGGGCUGUGACCGGUGGCUAGAGGUGCUAGGAAAGACCAUCCCUCUCAAAAAGAAGACGUGUUUUCAAAGCAGUUUCUCGUCAGACACAGCAAGGCUUCCGCACAACUUGAGUCCCAACUUUGGCUCGCUUGUCCACCACAAACUGCAUCCCCGCAGGGAUUCGGCGGAGCCUGUCAAUCUGUCUGGCAGACGAACAACAUACAUGCAAGUAAAUAUAUCUUUCAGAAUGGGUCACAUCCCUUCCCAGGAUUGUGAAGGCAUUUCUUUGAUAUUUCUUUUCAUUUGUUUCAUUUUAUUUUAUGAUUAAUAUGGAGACAUGCAGAAGGUAGGAACUUUUUAAAAGUCCUCUGACUCUAAAUAAAAAAAAUAUAA